AUGAAGAACAACGUGUUCAAAGUCACGGCCGGGAACAAGUUCCAGUCCGUCAUCGUCUUUCUCCGCGGCCAGCUCGGGAUCAAGCAGAGUGACGCGCUAUUCACGUACAUCAACGGAGCGUUCGCUCCAACACCCGACGACACGGUCGGGAGCCUGUACAAGUGUUUCGGGACCGAGGGGCAUCUGAUCGUCAACUACUCGCUUGGGGAUAGGAAUCACAGUCAAACACAGGACAGAAUACCCCGCAUUUCAUCCAGAUUGUAG